UUUUAUCUCUCUCUCUCUCUCUCACUUAACUUACCCUCUUCCUUCCCUUUGGUCUCAAGUCCAAGGAAAAUGAUAGCAGUUGUUGUUGUUGUUGUAGUUGCUGCUCCUCUUUUUUCCUUCAGUUAACUCCCCUUCGCAUUGAACCUCAACAACCCAUCUCGUUCUUCCUCAAUUUGGAAAAACCAUCAAUUUUUUUUUGUCUCUGGGUCUUGAGAAUUUGUUUGCAAAAAGCUUUCUUUGCUUCUCUCCUGCUCUUACUCUUGCACAGUUUGGAAAACCCAUCAGUUUUUUUCUUCUGGGUCUUGUGAAUUUGAUUGCCUUUACCCUUGUUCUUGCUCAAUUUGGGAAACCCAUCAAAAAAUUUCAUCAAGGUCUUGAGAAUUUGUGAAGAUUUUAUGUUGGUUGAUUGUUUUUGUGAGGAUUAAGAAUGAUAAUGGAGAAUGGGGAUGAUAAGAAUUGCUGUGUGAAGGUUGCAGUUCAUGUGAGGCCUCUUAUCGGAGAUGAGAGGCUUCAAGGAUGCAAAGAUUGCGUCACCGUCGUCCCUGGAAAACCUCAGGUGCAAAUUGGCACUCAUUAUUUCACUUUUGAUCAUGUCUAUGGAAGUACUGGUUCUCCAUCAUCAGCUAUGUUUGAAGAAUGUGUUGCUCCACUUGUUGAUGGUUUGUUCCAGGGAUACAACGCCACUGUUCUUGCAUAUGGCCAGACUGGUUCGGGUAAAACAUACACCAUGGGAACAGGAAGUAAAGAUGGUUGCCAAACUGGACUUAUUCCAGAAGUAAUGAAUGCAUUGUUCAACAAGAUUGAUAGUUUGAAGCAUCAAGCUGAAUUCCAACUACGAGUCUCAUUCAUUGAGAUUCUAAAAGAAGAAGUGAGAGAUUUGCUGGAUCCUGCAUCAGCUGGAAAAGUUGAGAAUGGCAAUGGACAUGCCGGAAAAGUUACUGUACCAGGAAAGCCUCCUGUACAAAUUCGUGAGGGAUCUAAUGGAGUUAUAACACUCGCUGGAUCUACGGAAGUUUAUGUUAGCUCUCAAAAGGAAAUGGCUGCAUGCCUUGAACAAGGUUCAUUUAGUCGUGCAACUGGAAGUACAAAUAUGAACAAUCAAUCAAGUCGUUCCCAUGCCAUCUUCACAAUCACAUUAGAGCAGAUGCGUAAACUUGAUCCACUUUCUACUACUGAUGGUGUUCCGAUGGAAGAUGUCACAGAUGAUUAUCUGUGUGCAAAGCUUCAUCUUGUAGAUCUUGCUGGAUCUGAACGUGCAAAGAGAACUGGUUCAGAUGGUUUGAGAUUCAAGGAAGGGGUCCACAUCAACAGGGGGCUUCUGGCACUUGGCAAUGUUAUAAGUGCUCUUGGGGAUGAGAAAAAGCGGAAAGAAGGUGCCCAUGUUCCUUACCGUGACAGCAAACUCACUCGACUUCUGCAGGACUCACUUGGUGGAAAUAGCAGGACUUUUAUGAUAGCCUGCAUCAGCCCAGCAGAUAUCAACGCAGAGGAAACUCUUAAUACGCUAAAGUAUGCUAAUCGGGCUCGCAACAUUCAGAAUAAACCUGUUGUAAACAGGAACCCAAUGUCAGCUGAGAUGCAAAGGAUGCGGCAGCAACUUGAAUUCUUGCAGGCAGAGCUGCUUGCUCGCAGUGGAGGGGCUCCAACCAAUGAAGUUCAGGUCCUCAAAGAGAGAAUUUCGUGGCUUGAAGCUACUAAUGAAGAUCUUUGUAGGGAACUUGACGAGUACCGCAGCCAAAGCACUAAUACUGAUCAAUGUGAAACAGAUGUCCAAAAAGGUCGAAAUGGCUUCAUGAAAGCUGAAGGCCUAAAGAGGAGCCUGCAGAGUGCAGACACAUUUGAUUAUCCAAUGACUGAUAGCUUGAAAUGUGAUAAUUCCAAGGAUAUUGAUGAAGAAGUAGCAAAAGAAUGGGAGCAUUCAAUCUUGCAAGAUACUAUGGGAAAGGAGUUGAAUGAACUAAAUAAACGUCUUGAGCAGAAAGAGUCUGAGAUGAAAAUGUUCGGUGGUUCUGACACAUUUGCUCUCAAGCAACACUUUGGAAAGAAGCUCAUGGAGCUUGAAGAUGAGAAGAAAACUGUACAGCAAGAGAGAGACAGAUUGCUGGCUGAAGUGGAAAGCCUUGCAUCCCCAGAUGGACAGGCUCACAAGCAUCCUGAUAUUCACCUGCAGAAAUUGAAGUCACUUGAAGCACAGAUAUUGGAUCUUAAGAAGAAACAAGAAAAUCAAGUGCAGCUUUUAAAGCAAAAGCAGAGGAGCGAAGAAGCAGCUAAAAAGCUGCAGGAUGAAAUUCAAUCUAUCAAGGCACAAAAGGUUCAAUUGCAACACAAGAUAAAACAAGAGGCAGAACAGUUUCGACAGUGGAAGGCUUCUCGAGAGAAAGAGCUUCUCCAGUUAAAGAAAGAAGGAAGGAGAAAUGAGUAUGAACGGCAUAAACUCCAGGCCUUGAAUCAGAGACAGAAAUUGGUUCUUCAAAGGAAGACAGAAGAGGCUGCCAUGGCAACCAAGAAGUUGAAAGAAUUGCUGGAAGCUCGCAAAUCCUCAUCACGUGAAAACUCUGCAAUUGCAAAUGGAAACUCGCCAGGCACUCCGGUAAAUGAGAAGUCAUUGCAGCGGUGGCUAGAUCAUGAGCUAGAGGUUAUGGUGCAUGUGCAUGAAGUUCGUGCUGAAUAUGAGAAGCAAAGUCAAGUACGAGCGGCAAUGGCUGAAGAGCUUGCAGUUUUAAAACAAGAAGAAGCAAUUUCUGGGGGACUUAGCUCCCCUAGAGGGAGGAAUGGAAACAGCAGAGUAUCAAAUAUGUCACCAAAUGCAAGAAUGGCGAGAAUAUCAUCGCUUGAGAACAUGGUGAGUAUUUCAUCAAAUACUUUGGUGGCAAUGGCUUCACAACUUUCAGAAGCUGAGGAGAGAGAACGUGCAUUUAGUGGUCGUGGACGGUGGAACCAGUUGCGAUCACUGGGAGAUGCAAGGAGCUUGCUUCAGUAUGUUUUUAAUGUUGCUGCAGAUGCAAGAUGCCAAUUAAGGGAGAGAGAAAUUGAAACCAAGGAGCUUAAGGAGCAAAUGACUGAGCUUGUUGGUAUUCUUCGACAGAGUGAAGCGCGGAGAAAAGAAGUGGAAAAGCAGAACAAGUCUCUUGCAACUGCAUUGGCCACAAUGCCUACAAGCAAUACAAAUGGUUCCCUAAAGCAUUGUGCGGAUGAAACCAGUGCCCCGCUAUCCCCGGUGGCAGUACCAGCACAAAAGCAGCUUAAAUAUACAGCUGGCAUUGCAAAUAGUCCAAGCAAAGGAACUGCAAACUUCAGCAACCAGCCACUGAAGAUGGUCCCAGUAGGUCAUCUUUCAAUGGGGAAGAAGCUGACAGUAGCGGGGCAAUCUGGUAAGCUUUGGAGAUGGAAGCGCAGCCAUCAUCAAUGGCUACUACAGUUCAAGUGGAAAUGGCAGAAACCUUGGAGGUUGUCUGAAUGGAUUCGGCACAGCGAUGAAACGAUCUUAAGGCCGAGGCAAAGGCCGAGGCCUCUUAGAGGAAUUUCCCGAUAACCCAACAUCGUACAUGAUCAACUGCCGACCCACACAACGAACUACUACUCACCGAGUUCAAGUAUUGAUUGAAUUACAAAGAGAAACUUAGCCGGGUGAGAUGAUGUUUCGGUCCCUUGGUUGGUGUGAUGUUGAAGAUGGAUGCUCGUGGUUCAUGAUCAAUUUUGUGUUAGAGAAAUGUGGAGUUGGUAUGAGAUUGUUUGGUCUUUUGGCUUGAGUAGGCAUGGGUGCAUCUUGUAAAGUGAUUAUGAUGCUCUCUUUUCUUACUGGAGCUGAAGAUUGUUGGAGAUGAAGUGAAGGGAUUAUAGUGAUGCUUGAAGAAAUUACAGAUGGCGGUAGUGUUUUUAUUUUUUAUUUUUUUAAAACUUACCUUUCUGUAAAUUUUUCUUCUUUUUUCCAAUUGUCUUUGCUAUAUAAGAAAGAAGCUGACGUACAGAUGUGUUGGGCUGAAUAGCCUGCUAAAAAGUUCUUUGUAAUGCUUGUAAUUUUCUGUUUAUGAGGGUUUUGUGAGUCUUGUAUUUAUUACAGUUAUUGAUUGUUCAAGUUGGAAAAAAACAAAAAAUUUGAGUUCCAUUGU